GCGGCGCCGUAAAUUUACGAUUAAGGAUAAAGAUUGUGUAUAGAUACUGAUUGCAAGAGAAAAGUCAAAAUAAAAAAUGACUAUUACGUCAGUGUUAAGAUGCCAAACGAGUUUCACUAGGCUGUCAAAGCUGCCAUUAACUGCUUUUGAAUCCUCGUUUAUUUUUAAGGUAAAAGUAAGGUGCAUGGCAUCUUACGAAAAAUACGCUGAGCACAAACCCAUUGAUAAAGUGAGGAACAUAGGCAUAUCAGCUCACAUUGACUCUGGUAAAACGACUUUGACAGAGAGGAUUCUCUUUUACACUGGGCGAAUCUCAGAGAUGCACGAGGUAAGAGGCAAAGAUAAUGUUGGAGCUGUGAUGGAUAGCAUGGAGUUGGAAAGACAACGUGGUAUAACCAUUCAGUCUGCAGCGACGUAUACCCUUUGGAAAAACUAUAACAUCAAUAUUAUCGAUACCCCAGGACAUGUAGAUUUUACAGUGGAAGUAGAAAGAUCUCUGCGUGUUUUGGAUGGUGCAAUAUUAGUACUUUGUGCUGUUGGUGGUGUGCAGUCACAAACAAUGACUGUAAACAGACAAAUGAAAAGAUAUAAUGUCCCUUGCCUAGCAUUUAUCAACAAGUUAGAUAGGAUGGGAUCUAGUCCAACAAGAGUUUUGGAACAAUUGAGAAACAAAUUAAAACAUAAUACAGCCUUUCUUCAAUUACCUAUUGGCUUGGAAAGUGAAUGUAAAGGUGUUGUUGAUUUGAUUCACAGAAAGGCAUUGUAUUUUGAAGGUAACUUUGGCGAAGUCAUUAGAAAAGAUGAAGUACCGCAAAAUAUGAAAUCAGAUGUGGAAGCUAGAAGACAGGAGCUGAUAGAGCAUUUAAGUAAUGUAGAUGAUGCACUUGGGGAAGCAUUUUUAACCGAAUCUAACAUUAGCGAAAAGGAUAUAAAAGAUGCUAUUAGGAGGACGUGUUUAAAAAGAACUUUUACUCCUGUUUUACUGGGAACAGCUUUAAAGAAUAAAGGAGUGCAACCUCUGCUUGAUGCAGUUUUAGAUUACCUACCUAAUCCUGGAGAGGUUGAAAAUUUGGCAUUUUUGCAAAAAAAAGAAGGUGAAUCGGAGAAGAUUUUGCUGAAUCCUGAACGUUCUAGCAAACAUCCCUUUGUAGGUCUCGCAUUUAAAUUAGAAGCUGGAAAAUUUGGACAGCUGACAUAUUUUAGAUGCUAUCAAGGUAUGUUAAAAAAGACAGAUACCAUUCACAAUACAAGGACAGCAAGGAAGGUAAGAGUUGCGCGACUAGUUCGACUUCACUCAAAUACAAUGGAAGAUGUCAAUGAAAUCUAUGCAGGCGAUAUAUUUGCAUUAUUCGGAGUUGAUUGUGCGUCUGGUGAUACUUUUGUGACGGAAAAAAAUUCGUCGCUUUCUAUGGAAUCGAUAUAUGUGCCGGAGCCGGUGGUUUCCAUGUCCAUAGCUCCCAAAAAUACGAAGGAUCGAGAAAACUUUUCAAAAGCAAUUGCUAGAUUUACAAAAGAAGAUCCGACAUACCGUUACGUGUGGGAUAACGAAAACAAAGAAACAAUAGUGUCUGGUAUGGGUGAAUUACACUUGGAAAUAUAUGCUCAACGCAUGGAACGUGAAUACAACUGUCCAGUACUACUUGGAAAACCAAAAGUCGCUUUUAGAGAAACUUUGGUUUCUCCAAUCCAGUUUGAUUACCUUCACAAAAGACAAUCGGGAGGUGCGGGUCAAUAUGCUCGAGUCAUAGGUGUUUUGGAGCCUUUGCCUGCUCACAAAAAUAUUAACAUUGAAUUCUCGGAUGAAACGGUAGGAACGAACGUACCGAAACAAUUUGUUCCAGGCAUACAAAAAGGCUUCUUGACCAUGUGUGAGAAAGGUCUUUUGUCAGGUCAUAAAGUAGCCGGAGUAAAGUUCAGAUUGAUCGAUGGUGCCAAUCACAUAGUAGAUUCGUCCGAGUUCGCUUUUGAAUGUGCUGCUCAAGGGGCUCUCAGAGAUUGUUUUGAAAAUGGCACAUGGCAAGUUUUGGAGCCCAUUAUGCUUGUUGAAAUUACAGGUCCUGAAGAGUUUCAGGGUUCAGUAAUGGGUCAAUUAAACCGGCGAAAGGGAAUCAUAGUGAGCAUAGACAGUAACGACGGAUGGUUCACGAUAUAUGCCGAAGUGCCACUGAACGAGAUGUUUGGAUACUCUGGCGAAUUACGCUCUUCUACACAAGGAAAAGGAGAAUUCACAAUGGAGUAUUCUCGAUACAGCCCGACUACAGCUGAUGUUCAGGAGCAGCUGAUUACAAGAUAUCAGGAGUCUCUUGGAAUAAUUCAGAAAAAGAAAAACUAAUUCAAGUGAGAAUAUAUUUUAGUUUAAUUCUAUUAAUUUGUAUGUUCUCACCGUUGCCAAAGUUUGGCAACAAGUGCCGUGCUAUCGCUCGACAUUGAAACAACACCCCUUCCCCCCGCUCCCUCUAUAAAGACACAAUUUUAAAAUAUCUGCCUAUUUUAUACAUGACAGAU